UAUAGCAACUUAUAAUUUUACUCUAGAAAAAGGAAAAGAAAAAAGUUGUCAUCACUCAUAUUCAAUAAUGUCUAUUUUGAAAUUUAUUGUUGUACUUUUCUUUUUUGUUUCAAUUUUUGAGUCAUCAAAUGCUCAAUUAAGUGCUACAUUUUAUGCUAGUACGUGUCCUAAUGUUACUGAAAUUGUACGUGGUGUUAUGGAACAAACUCAACGUAACGAUGUUCGCGCUGGUGCAAAAAUGAUUCGCCUUCAUUUUCAUGAUUGCUUCGUUAAUGGUUGUGAUGGAUCAGUUUUGCUAGAUAAUGCAGCUGGGAUUGAAAGUGAAAAAGAUGCACCAGCAAAUGUUGGUAUUGGGGGAACUGAUAUUGUUGAUGAUAUUAAAACUGCAUUGGAAAAUGUGUGUCCUGGUGUUGUAUCUUGUGCUGAUAUUUUAGCACUUGCUUCUGAAAUUGGAGUUGCCUUGGUUGGAGGUCCAUCAUGGCAAGUUCUUUUAGGAAGAAGAGAUAGCUUAAAUGCAAAUAGAAGUGGUGUUACUCCUGAUAUUCCAAGCCCCUUUGAAAGCCUAGAUGUUAUGAUACCACAAUUCACUAGAAAGGGAAUGGAUUUGACUGAUCUUGUUGUUCUAUCAGGUGCACAUACAUUUGGAAGAGCAAGAUGUGGCACAUUUGAGCAAAGACUUUUCAACUUUAGUAACACUGGUAGCCCUGAUCCAACAAUAAACUCAACAUUUUUACCAACACUACAAGCAACAUGCCCACAAGGUGGAAACAAUGGGAAUACUUUUGAAAAUCUUGAUAAAACAACGCCAAAUAAUUUUGAUAAUGCAUAUUACAUAAAUCUUCAAAAUCAAGAAGGUCUUCUUCAAACUGAUCAAGAAUUAUUUUCUACAUCUGGAUCUGAUACGAUCGCGAUAGUGAAUCGUUAUGCUAGUAGCCAAAGCCAGUUCUUUGAUGAUUUUGCUAGCUCAAUGAUUAAAUUGGGAAAUAUUGGUGUGUUAACAGGUACUAAUGGUGAGAUUAGAACAGAUUGCAAAAGGGUUAAUUAGUUAAUUAAGAGUUAAUUUUGCAUGAUCAAGAGUGAUUUAAGUUAUGCAUAAUGCAUGUUAUUGUGUUUGUGUUUUAUGUAACAAAAAAGAGAGAGAUUAUAUUGUCAAAGUUUGAUAUAUGAUCUCGAAGUGUAAUUUUGUUUUUAUGUUUUAAAUGUAAUAUGUGCUCAAAUAGCAAUGCCAAAUAAGAAUGGAAUGCUCAAAUAGCAACUCCAAUUUUAAUUUAUUA